AUAGGACGUCGCCGCCUGUCGGUCCGUUAUAUAACUCUCACCUUUUGUAUGGAGUGAGAAUUGAUUGCGCAGAGAGCUCGACAGGAUCGGAUCAAAGUAUUUAGCUGGUGUUAUAUUGUUUGUUGAUAGACUCUGGUCUUGAUCCAAGUGUUCUCUCGCCGGGGGAAUUCAAGUUGGUCAUUAUAUUAAUUCUUAAUCCUUAAUUUGACGUAAUUAGAGAAAAUGUGGCUGUCUUAUCGAUUUUGUGGUAGCUGCAUUUCCCUUUUGAUGUUAACGUUGUCUGUUGACACAGUCGAUGACGUAAGCAAAUCCCAAUCUUUCCCUUCGAAUUCGAUUGUCGAUGGUUCCAUCAAAAUUUUCGCUGAUUCAUUCAAUGACGAGAAACUUGACUCAAUAUCGUCGGAUGCGUCCGACAGACGUAAUCGCUAUUCCAUCGUCAACGAACAGUGGAAUGCGGAGAAAAGUGACGGAUCGGUUGGGUUGCUGGAUCGUCAAGCCAACAAGAGUUCCACAAAUGGCAUUGCGUCACCAUCAGCAUCAGCAGCGGGAGAUUCGAAUGUCUUUUUGCCUUAUUUCUACACGGGCUGCUCGUGGCUGCCCAUCAAUCAAGUCAUCUUCCAGAUGGCCCAUGUGUUCAUCUGUCUGUCAUACCUGGCACCUGCGACACUUUACGGGCUCAUCUUCCUGCGCCUGGUGCUGGCCAUCGGCUCGGCUUUCUUGGCCGGUUGGGCUUGUUUCAUCAUUUGCGCUUUCGACACUUUCCUAUGGAACACUCUCUUCCUUCUCAUCAACGCGAUUCACGCCAUCUUCCUUAUUUUCUCACUGCGAGCUGUCAAGUUCGGCCCACAAAUCGAAGAGGUGUACCAACAUUUUUUCGAGCCGCUAAAAGUGUCGAAGCAUCAGUUCAAGAAAGUGGCCAAAUGCAUCAAAUCCAUCCGGCUAAUGGCCAGAGGUGAAUAUUUCGCAAUUGAAAAAGAAGCCCGAGUUGAAACACUUUCACUCUUAUUAUCUGGAAGUAUGUUGGUCAUUGAAAAUAGCCGGACCCUACACUACCUCCAUCCCAUGCAAUUCCUCGACUCGGCCGAAUGGUUUGACAAUACAUCCGACGAUUGUUAUCAUCAAACGAGCAUUCAAACUUGCGAGGAAUCUCGGAUUUUACUCUGGCAUCGAGAUCAACUGCUGUCGAUCCUUCAAAAGGAUCUCUUCUUGCAAUCGGUGUUCCGUCAGAUUCUCGGCCGAGAUGUGGUCGGCAAACUUUGUCAGAUGAGGGAGAGGAUUGCCAGUUCCGGUUGCGGCGGAAGUCCGUUAUUCAAGACCAACCUUUUGAACAAUGUCUUGUUCAUUGAAAAUGAGAAACCAUCAACAGCGACACUUUCACCAACACUCAACUCCAAAAAUGUGAAAGUGAAAUUUUCAAAACGAAUUCGCAAACCCAUUCAGCAGAUUAAUAAAAAGACUUUCAACCCUAAUGGCGCCAACAUCCCGGCACACAUCAGCACCAGCAACCCGAUGAAUACCCUUUAAAUCCAAUUUGAAAUGUAGAAAGAGAAUACCGGGGAUUCUCCCGCUCCUAUAUCACUUGACAUUCGAACCACCGCCCAACAACAACGCUUUACCAAAUGCAAAUCUAUCACAUCUUGCUAGCGCAAAAAUGUAUUAGACUAUAUAGUCGUGUAUGACCAAAUCGAACCUGCUGCGCGUUUUUCGGUUUUCCCUUUGGUGACAUUUUCGAUCGAUCAAUGUCUUGUCCCCAUUUGCAUUCCCUUCUAUAAGAUGUUCUUCUUCGUUUUUUGAAUUCACUUGUCCUCCCUGUUUCAUUUUUUACCUUUUUGGCCUUGAAUGUAGAAUCGUAAAAGGUAUUAUAUACAUUUGAAUGUCUACACGGAACAUUCUUUCGUCGGA